CCUACGCAUGAAAGCAACGAGGAGGAAGGAUAUCAAAAAGUGAUGCAAACAGAAAUUCCAACAGCCUCCAGAUGUCAUUAUGUGUCAUAACCCUGCAAAGCUCUGUGAAUUUUCUUUUCAAAUUGCUUCAACAACUUCCACUUGAACCAGUUCAAGACUUUGCUCUCCACCAAGCUGAAGAUGACUGACUGUGAGUUCAGAUAUAUUUACACGCUGGCCCAGGACUAUCUGAAAUAUGUCCUGCAGAUACCAGAACGAGAAACAGGUCCAAGCAAAACAUCCAGAGUAUUACAAAGCGUUGCUUUCUCAGUCCAAAAAGAGAUUGAAAAGAAUUUAAAACCAUGCUUGGACAAUUUUGAUGUUGUCUCCAUAGCUACUGCCAGAACAAUAUUCAAUCAAGUGAUGGAAAAGGAAUUUGAAGAUGGCAUCAUUAAUUGGGGAAGGAUUGUAACCAUAUUUGCAUUUGGAGGUAUUCUCAUCAAGAAACUUCUAAGAGAGCGAAUGGCCCCGGAUGUGGAUACCUACAAGCAGAUUUCUUUCUUUGUUGCUCAGUUCAUAAUGGAAAACACAGCAGAAUGGAUAAGACAAAACGGAGGCUGGGAAAAUGGCUUUGUAAAGAAGUUUGAACCUAAAUCCGGCUGGCUGACUUUUCUGGAAGUUACAGGAAAGGUCUGUGAAAUGUUGUAUCUCCUGAAGCAAUACUAUUGACCAAAAAGGACACUCCAUAUUGUGAAACCAGUCUAAUUUGUUACUUUUGCAAGAACUAUUGCCAACACUUACUUCUACUUUCAAACAAACACUGUGAUGAUGUAACAUGACUUUCCAGAGUAGCAGAACUUUUAUCCCCAAUUUAAUGAAUAAACUGUACCUUUUGUCCUA